UCAGCGAUAAGACGCGCGUGUUUUUGUUUUGGUGCAAGGUAUCAAAACACAAAAUGGAUAUAGCUGCGUUGUUGGAGGAGGUAGAUGAUAAACUGGACAAUGCUUCUGCAGUACAUUAUGGAGGCACUGAUGGCACUAUUUUUGUGAUAGAUUGCACGGACGUCAUGUACGAAAAAUGUCAAUAUAAUGUCAGUGAACUGAACGGUGAGAAACUGCUCACGAUCUGCUUACAGUGUUGCAGAGGGACAAUUCUCAGUAUGCUGCACAAUGCUCCCCGUGAUUUUGUAAGCAUUGUUUUAUUUGGAACACAAUUAAGUAACAAUCCUCUCAGUGUUAAUCAUAUAUAUAUACUACAAGACCUCGACUUCCCAAAAGUGGAGAGAAUAAAACAGUUAGAUGAAGCAAUAAAAGGAGGUCUGGAUAAAUUCAGACAAGAAUAUGGAUGUUCUGAUGAUUACGAAAUGCAUGAUGUAUUCUGGGUGUGUCACAGGAUUUUUACUGAGAGUCGAAAAAAGUUGGGGUCCAAAAGAAUUGUAUUAAUGACCAAUUCAGAUGAUCCUCACAAUGGUUCACUAACCAAACAACAUAAUGCAAGAAUCACAGCAAAAAAUUUACGUAAAGACAGAGUUGACCUGUCUUUAGUAUAUUUCAGUGACACCUUUGAUCCUUCCAGAUUUUAUGAGGCAUUGUAUGAGAAAGAUGCAGAUGAAUUUGGAGUAGAAUGGAGUUUCUUGCAGAAAGAACUAAUUCUUUCUGAUUUGAAAAAUCGUACUAUGAUUAGGAGUCAUACCAUGCGUGCCUACGCAACAUUACGAUUCAAACUGAAGCCUAAAGAUGCGACAGAAGCACAAAAAGAUGAAAAUGAUCUGGAAUUUGCUGUUCGCCUCUUUCAUCUCAUGAGAAAGGUACCAAAACCUAAGAAAACUCAUGUUCAUAGAGAGACAAAUGAAACAGUACAUCGUGGAGGUCGCAUCAAUGCAGACACAGGGGAAUUGGUCGAAACAUUCAAUGUUUCCUAUUCAAAAGUAUUUGCUGGCGAGAAAGUGGAAUUCACUUCUCUAGAGUUGAAAGAGAUUAAGAAUAUCGUGGAGCCUGGAAUUCAGUUAGUAGGCUUCAAGCCAAAGACAAUGAUAAAACCAGAACUGCAUGUGAAACGUCCAACAUUCAUCUACCCUGCAAAUGAUGUUAUUAAAGGUAGUUCAACAAUAUUUUCUGCCUUGCUGUUGAAAUGCAUUGCACGAAGUGUAGUUCCUAUAUGCUGGGUAUGUGAACGCAGAGGGGCAAGUCCCCGUUUGGGAGCUUUGCUUCCACAAAGACAGGAAUUUGAUAAACACAACAGGCCAAAGGCAUAUGAUGGGUUCCAUAUCAUCUACAUACCCUUUAGAAGUGAAAUCAGAGACUGUUCUUUGCAGAACGUGGAAGAAGCAUCACCUGAAAUGGUCAGUGUGGCAGAGAAAGUUAUUUCAAAACUUAAAAUGACUUACAAUCCACGUGUUUUUACCAAUCCCAAGAUCCAGAAGAUGCGGCAGUAUCUGGAAGCUGCGGCAUUAGAUUACCCAACUCCUGAGUUUGAAGACUCGACAAUGCCGGACAUGGAUGCUAUGAGAGAGAGACUAGGAUCACUUUCAAUAGAUUUUGCUAAAGCUACAAACUUGGCCAGCUACACAUCAGAAAAACCACCACCAAAAAAACGGGCUGGUCCUGAAGGAAAUGCAGAAAAUACUGGUAAAGUCAGAAAACUUGACAAAAGUGAGAUUCAGAAGCUGGCAGAACAAGGACAGAUAGAGAAACUGACAGUAAACCAGCUAAAGGAGUACCUGCAAUCUGAAGGUGUCAGAGGAAUUUCAACAAAGAAGAAACAAGAACUUGUUGAAAUGGUUUACAAUUCAGUGAACUGAAUGUAUGCAAGUGCUGUUUUUACACAACUGUUACCACAAGAUUGCAUACUUGAAAUGUAUUCACUAUUUGUAUUUAUUGGUUCACAAGAUGCUUUUACUUUUUUCUAAUUAAAUUACAAAUGCCUAUUUU